AUGCGAAUUGCAAUCGGGGCAGAUCACGCGGGUUACCCGGCGAAAGAGCCGGUGAAAGAAUUGCUGGAAGCGGCAGGUCACGAAGUUGUUGACUUGGGGGCGCAUACUUACGAUGCGCUGGACGACUAUCCUGACUUUGCCAAAGUUGUUGCGGAGUAUGUAGCGGCGGAGAACGCUGACAGGGGCGUGGUGCUAUGCGGCAGCGGCGUAGGGGCGUCAGUUGCGUCCAACAAGGUCAGGGGGAUACGUGCCAGCGUCUGCCACGACACAUAUUCGGCGCAUCAGGGCGUGGAGCAUGAUGAUAUGAACAUACUCUGCAUGGGCGUGCGCAUAAUCGGCGAAGAACUAGUGAAGGAGAUUGUUGACGCGUUCGUGUCAGCGGAGUUUUCCGGUGAAGAGCGCCAUGUGCGCCGGAUGCAGAAGGUCUUUGAUAUGGAGGCUAACUUCUGA